AGGUGUAGGGCCCUGUUCUACUUCAAAAGCCUGCGAGCUUAACCUUUGCUAUGUCCGCAUCUCGCCAUGCUAUGGGCUGAAGCUUCUCGCAUGCAUCCCAUCUUUAGCGAUCGGCAUGUGGGACUUGCUCAGCAUUGCUACGGGCCUUUGUGGUGACUCGCAUGGGCACCGCUAUGAUCACUUCUAUUUUCAACCACACCCCAGCGUGACUCUCGCCAAGCAGCCCUUGAUCGGCUGUGCUUCCGGACUCUUGAGCUUGGCGGUGGAAGGGGUGGUCGGUGCCCAGUGGGUUCCCCAAGAGGCCUCCUGGAAGCGCUGUCAGAUUCUGGUGGAGGAUGGGCUCGAUCCCCGUUUGCCCGACCCGGAGGAGCGAUACCACACGGUGGCGUCCGAGAUCUUCCACUCCGACCAUCGGGUCACCUGCCGAAGUGACCACUGGGCAUGCAAUGCCUCGUACACCGGUGGUAAGGGACGAGGUCCCAUCCAACAGCUGCGGGAGGUGGGACGAGUGGAGGCAGAUGAGGUUCCAAGUGGAGGAAGCUCCAAGUGCUUACAGUUGUUAAAGCAUUGGCUCCGACCGUACCAGGGCUUUUCCUAUCAUGUCAUGGACAUGGCACGACUGGUGACUGACCACGCAGUGCCAUGUGCCACGAUGAUGCUGUGCAUUGACUACUGCAAUACUCAUCAAGUUUGUAGAGGCUUCACUUGCUCGUGGCAUGUGGGCGCUUGCUACAUCGCCAUUGAUUACACCCCUGCUUUCUCCAAAACCGGUCACAAGCUGGUUCCCGAGUCUACGACGCCACUUCCUGCGAAGUGGCGCACCAUGUCCAGCCAAUUUCAUCAGAGAUCAUAUAUCAAGUGGGCAUGGCCUUCGCAGGAGGAACGAGAUCGAGCUGGCUACUAUCAAAUCUAUUUUUUUCUUCAUCAUAAGGGCAGAUCAUCCAUGACUCUGGAGGUGGUGAGGCAGAUUGCAGCUCACCUACGGCUGUCCCUCGACCUGAUGCAGAGUGUCCAUCGACCAGACGAGUUGCAAUGUGCUCGGGCAGACAUCGGGGUGUUCUUUGUGACUCCGCCUCAGGUCGUCGCUUUCUUGGAUCGUCACUGCCAACCCUACCGCGCGGUCCACAUCCUACGAGAUCCAUUGGAUUUGCUCACCUCCGCUUUCGCCUACCAUCGGAGCAUGGAAUUGCCAGUGAACGACACGAUCCCCGGGAGCCAACCAGCAGUCUUACGGCGGCUCUCGGUCCGAAGGGGCUUGCUGGUAGAGGCCUAUGCAGAGCUGGGGCACACCUUGCAUCACAUGUUGCAGGUACAGAUCCAGGUGCGUGAAAGAGCCUACUGUUUGAGUCUGUUUGGUGAGGAUUUGGUCGAAAACUUUGAUGCCACACUGCAGCGGAUUCUGAAACAUCUAGUGCCUGGACUCUCCUGGCGUCGGCAGAUUACCCUCAAGGCAGCGGCCGCCCAGCUGGACGGGCGCCGCUGUGGGAGCCCCACGCUGAGUGACACACGACUUCAGCCACGGGGACAUCAGUCCUUAAAGGCCAGAGCGAAGAAAGCUGUUGGGCUCCUGAAGAAGCAGACGCCUCCCAUGAAGGAGAUCCUCGACAUCCGCCGGCUUUUGGGCUAUGACAACCGGGUGGUGGGGCCCAGCAGGUCUCAAACACGACGUGCGGGUGACUAUGGUGUGAUUGAUGGAUUCAGUGGAGCGAUCUUCGGAACCAACGCGUCGCUCCUCCAAGCAAGGAAAUGUUGGGAAUGGAAUGGGCAUUACUUGCUUUUCGACCUCGGUAUGGCAGACCGAACCACGAAAAGCAUGCGUUGGAGUACAAGAGAAUUGUUGAAGCUUUUCAGCUCCAAAUGGCUGACAGCUUUGCUGAACUUGACUUUGGCGGGUGAACUGGUGGGUAUUUGUGUGAACUUCGACCUGAACUGCUGCGAAGUGCAGGCUUCUUGGGACUUCCUCGCCCGUUUUCUCAGUGACUUGCUGGACUCCCCGCAACGGGCAGCACUUCCGCCGCCGUCCACGGCACGCAUUCGAAGCCGACUGUGUUCACAGCCGGCAUUUGAAGCCUUGGCGUCACUGCGGCAGUCUCUCCCAACAUGGCUCGCCGAGCUGUCAUUGCCCGCUCUCCAGGAGGAGCUUUUGAGGAUGGGAUCGCAUCCAGAGUCUACGCUUUUGAAGACUGUGAGGACUGCACGAGCUUCAUCAUCGCGGGAGUUUGAGUUCAACAUACAGGAUUACCUGGGAAACUCCUCAUCAUUUUGGGAUUGAAGAAGGCUGUGAGCACGACUUGGGCAAUCGUGGCCACCUGCUCAGAACGAGCAGCGUUGCCUUCGUUACCUUCCGGCGGUCGCCUGUAGCCUAGCUGUGCUUUCGGGUGCUUUCGGUCGUGAACACAGGAGCCUAGGCCGUCAGACUGGCGACCGACCAUGAUGUUUGCAGAGAGAGAACUUCAAAUGCAAAUGGAUUGCAUCAACGGUGUUUCCAUGUGUUUCCUACGUGCUGCUGGGUGAAUUUGCUUGGAUUGAAAAGAAAUCCCGGGUGAGCCGGCCAACCCAAUGCACCACAGCUGGUCCGGUCGAUGCUUGAAUGGACAUGCUCCUUGUCAGGGAGAAGGUGAAGGAUAUGGCAAGGCUGUGGCAUGGUGUGGGUAUUUCGGCUGAAAUGAAGGCGCUGCAUGGCACCGCUGUGUUCGCGCGAGCAAUUUGGUGCAAACCUCACGAAGUCGGCACGAUCCUUUGAUCCUUUGGAUCUCUCAAGACGUGCCAAAAGACGCGGCGCUUCGAAGAGCCGGAUGGACGAAGAACAUCCAAGAACCGCAGCCCUAUGGACGUCCAGGCCCAACAGAUUCUGAAAGGUCGAUGCUGCCUUGGCUGAGCUGCUGCACUCCACAACGAUGGGGUGGAGCAGCUCGGCCGCUGGACAACGUAGAUUGCCCGUUCGGAAGCUGUUUGCAGCUGUUUAUAUACGGCCCGGAUUACUCCGCGUGUUACCUUCUCCUGCAUCCUUGAGGUGUUUUUGCUAUCUAGAUUGGUCCGAAAUCCCUGAUAUUCCCUGAUAGGUCCAACGGUUGGAGGAAGAAAGAUAAGAAUGUAAAACAUUCCCUAGAAUUAGAAGUCCCAAG